AUGUCUCCUCUAACCAUUGACCCCCCACUGCUCAACUCGGCAAAUCCCUGGUGCACCACGCUCUCCCAAUUGCAAGAUCUCUACACCAACCCCCACACUGGCGCCAUAACAACCCGCACCUCACUCCCUUCGUCUACAAACAAAGGAUUCCCCCACGACCCCAGCAUCCACCAAUUCACCUUCUUCACCCCGGACACCCUCUCCAGCUCAACCCCAAACACGGACUUAUCAGACGAUGCCUCGACGACAGGUAGUCUCAACACGCUCGGCUACUCGCCCAUCCCCCUGUCGGAAUACCUAUCCUACGUGCAAACAAUAAGCAACACACACUGCGCCUCGGUACCGCUCCACAGCCGCACCACGCACAAGCCCAUUAUCGUGUCGGUGACGGGCACCGCGGACCAAGUGGUGCAGUGCUACCGCCAAAUCCGCACGUGCCAGCGCACCGUCCGCAUGCAACUAGCCAUGGAAAUCAAUCUUUCGUGCCCAAACAUUCCUGGGAAACCGCCGCCUGCGUAUUCGAGGACAGAGCUGGCGCAGUAUCUGCGUGGGUUGGGAGAGGAAAUGGCGCUUCAGCAACAACAAGAAGAAGCCCACGACAAAGGGCAAGCGAGCAAGGCAGGAAACAAGUCAGAAAUCCCCGUAGGAAUUAAAACUCCACCGUAUACGUACCACGACCAGUUCCAGAGCUUAAUCGAUGCACUGCUGGAUUGUAGCGGCAAAGGGUCGUGUCCGGUCGACUUUAUCACGGCGGUGAAUACGCUUGGCUCGUCGCUUUUGGUCGCUCCAUUUUCUUCUUUCUCCCCAACCACUACUACAUCCUUCCACCCAACCCUUGCCUCGGCAAAUGGCACAGGAAUCGGCGGUCUGGCAGGCACACCGCUGCAUCCUCUCGCGCUGGGCAAUGUAUACACCAUCACGCAGAUGCUGGGGCAGCACGAGGUGUUGAAGGGGGUACAGGUGAUUGGGGUUGGGGGUGUGGCGGAUAAAGAGGGGUAUAGGCGGAUGAGGAGGGUUGGGGCCAGGGCUGUGGGUGUGGGGACGGCAUUGGGGAGGAAGGGCGUGGCCGUUUUCGAGGAGAUUGGGGCUGUAAAGGUAGAAGAACAAGGGGAGGAGGGAAAGGAGUGA